AUGUCCAAAGGAAUCUUACAGGUACAUCCUCCAAUCUGUGAUUGCCCUGGGUGUCGAAUUUCGUCUCCAGUGAACCGCGGGCGUUUGGCAGAGAAGCGCACCAUCCCCCUGCCCCCCAACCGUGUGCCCAAGAGGGAGCUCUCCUCCGUCUUUAGCAGUGACGACAGCGAGGGCAGCGACCGCACCAGCGGAGACCAUGCCCACAUCAAGCAGGAGGAUGAGCUACAUUACAGUAUCAUGAGAAAGAGUCGUGACAGUGACCUCUCUACGAUCAUCUCCAACCUCCACCACACCAGACAGCACGGCAUGCCCGAGAGCCAGCCCGCCACCGACCUCAGCACCAACACAGGACACACAGGAUUACCAGCGUCAGAUAACCUUCUAGGCAAGAGGAGAGCCUACUCCCCCAACAGCAGCAGCAAGUGCCCCUCGGACAUCAAGAAGUCGCGCAGCGUUUCCCCCAAAGAGAAAUCCCACACCCCUGUGCUGGAGGGGGGCGGCCACAGUCACAUGACCCCGGAGGAGCACUACAGGCGGAUGAUGUCAGCGCUGAACGAGCAGGGCGAGGAGCAGCAGCAGCGCCUCUACCAGCUGGCCAACAACAUGGGCUUGCCCAGCCAUGGGGAUCUGUUGCGGGUGCGCCAGGAGGCCCUGGCAGCAGUGAGGAACACAGGGGGUUUGGAGGCCCAUCUCCCUUCGGCAGGCAGCUCGUCCAGCCAGAGACGCAAGCAGGGCCUGCCCCAGCACAGAGACGCCCACUACACUGAGAGGGAGAUGUCCCAUCCUCCGCCUCUGCUGUCCACCCAGAACGGCCCUCACAUCACAUUGGGACCCCACCUGCGGCCCCCCUUCUUGGGCAUGCCCUCCGCCCUGUGCCAGUCCCCCGGCUAUGGUUUCCUCCAGCCUGCCCAAGCUGAAAUGUUUGCCCGGCAACAGGAAAUGCUUCGGAAGCAGAACUUGGCCAGGUUGGAGAUGUCAGCAGAGCUGCUCAGACACAAGGAGCUGGAGAGUCUCCACAGGCAGCAGCAGCAGCGUGCGUUGGGGGGUUCUGACCCCAUGGGCCUACCCCAUGGCCUCCCUCCGGACCAUCCCGCCCUGCGCAGUCUCCACCACCUGCCCGAGGGACACCCCCUCCACGAGGAGCUCAGCCGACGCCAAAACGCCAUGCUGAUGCUCCGACACACCAGCACCCCCCUACUCUCCCUCAACCACCAGGGGCCCUCGGGGUCCACAACGCCCAAAGAUACCCAGGGACAAGGCUCCGGGGCUGGGGCCGGAUUGAGUAAGGGGGGCUCCCGGAAAGGCCCCCAGCAACCUAGGGGGGGAGACCACCAAGAGAGGGAGGGCCGAGGGAGGGACGGAGAUGCAGAUGGGCAGGAUGAAGAAAUGAAGGACACGGAUAGCGAGACGGAAAUGGGCGAGGAUAGGCAUGAGGGAUUGUUUGCCAAGGCAACCGACUGGCAUGGGCUUCACAGGGACAGAGGGAAAGAGAGCGGCGGGAAGGGGGGGUGUGACGGUGCCAAAGAGGCGGGCGAGGGCUCGGGUCGGCUUAGUGCCCCCUGUAGCUCGGCGGGUGCAGAUUCACCACCCAGUCAUCACCUCUUCACCCCGGGGCUGGGCAAGAGCGAUGUCAAGUACCACUUUCCACCUGGCGCCAUGCCUCCUCUGCCAGGGCUCCACGGCCAGUCGCUGCCCUUUGGAUUUCCCUACACAAGCCCCUACUUCCACACUGGCGGUAUGGGAGGUCUGUUAAUGGACGGUGAGGACUCUGCGGCGCCCCCGGUGGAGGACAUAAGCAAGUGGAGUGUGGAGGAGGUGUGUGGUUUUGUGGGAGGCCUGGCCGGCUGUGCUGAGUACACCCAGGUGUUUCGGGAGCAGGCCAUUGACGGAGAGACACUCCCGCUGCUCACAGAGGAGCACCUGCUCAACACCAUGGGACUGAAGCUGGGCCCUGCGCUCAAGAUACGCUCUCAGGUGGCGCGGCGCGUUGGCAGACUCUUCUACAUGACCAGCUUCCCGCUGGCGCUCCCGGUGCCGCCAUCUGCCCUGCGCCCCCCAGACAGGGACCCCCUUCUGUCCGACACCCUUCUGGCGGUCCCACUGCGACCCCCCUCCGUCGCCAGCAGCAGCUCCUCUCCCUACAGCGGCCCUCCGCCCCCGUGUCACUCCUCCCCCAAGCAGGAGAACGGCUCCGCGUCAGGGGUCUACGAGGGGGCCAAGACGCCCUCCUAGGACUCAACUGGCUGCACAGGGAACAUGUACUGUAGAGGAGGAGGAGGGGUGUGGAGAGGGUUCAGAGAAACCCCUUGUAACAGACAUUGAAUUGUCUCCAUUUCCUGUAAAAUAUCAAAAAACUACAACUAAAGAAAAUGAACUGAACAGACUUCAACUUCAAGUUCCACUGUGGCUGUAGCCAAGCAGAAUCCAAAGACGUGACUGACAGUGGGCUGGAGGGAGAGACAUCAUGAAGCGACAGAGGGAGAGAUAGAAUGAGAGAACGAGAAAGAGAGGGAGGGAGCAGACAGCUGGUCUCAGUCAGAUUGCCAAAAAAAAGAGCGAAGCGCCACAACUACGACAUUCUUCUGAGUGAGACAGACAGACGCUAACGGAAACUCUUCCUUCCUGGGCUGAAGGAAGCCCCCCCCCUCUCGCUCUCUCUCUCUCUCUGCUCUCCAACACACCCGGCGGCGCCCAGCACUUAAAAGGAAGACGCCUCUUCCCUCUUUUCUCUCACUCACUUUUCUCCCCACUCCCAGUCUCAGGAGCCCAAACAGCUCAGAGGAACUGAGAAUUCUGGAGGCUGGAGCGAAAGGACUCAAAACCCCCCUCAUUAUUGCAACUAUGCAUUCCACAGUCCAAAACCAAAGAUUACCGGAUGUGUGGAAUCAGGACGAUAUUUCAUGUUUGUUUCUGGGGUUUUAUUUUGUUUUGUUUUUGCUUUGUGGGAAAAAUGUGUAGUCUUAGGGAGGUGUGGUACAUUAAGGAGAACAGUGAGCCAGGUACCAUAUAACUGUCUUUAAGAGACAAGGGGGACUCUUUGAUAGGUGACAAAGGUACACAACACAGUGUUGUGCCCAUAAGCCAACAGUCUACGCUGAGUUCUUUCUCUGACACGCCCUGAUAAAAAGGGCCAAAUGUUACUGAUAUGGGAUGGUGACGAAACGGUGGCUUCGGCUCAUAGAGCUAAUGUCAUUGUAAAAUCCUGUUAACUACUGUGGGAGAUACAAACACGCUGAAUUGUACAGAAUGAUGCUUAUGAUGGAAAUAAGGUUACAGACGUGUUUGGGGGGUUCAUUAAAUGUAGUUGCACGAAUAACGUUUUCUUUAUGACUGAACAAAAUGUGACUCGCUAACUUUUGGUGGUACUUUUCUUACGAACGUUUUUGUUGGCCGUUUUAUUUUCUCCAAAUUGUAUAUUAUUAAAAGAAAGCCCCAAUCUUGAAUGCUACUUCAGCAGAUAAAUAUGAGGGAAUAAUAUUUAUUAGGACUUUUGAUGUACAGUGCCUUCCGAAAGUAUUCACACCCCUUGACUUUUUAC